UCAAGUUACCAUGGCGAAGACAACCGAGUCCCCUGGAACAACGUCGGAACCGAAUGGGAUGGGAUGGUUCGAACCCGAGACGUUCCCCACACCAAACGCACUUCCAAUCACCUUAUUAGCACGUGAUCAGAGUAUUUACAAAGAAGACAAGCGUUACAAGUUUAUCAAUCCAUCAUUUUUGUAGUCUUCCCAUCUUUCAGUGUCCCAUCGAGUAAAAUUUCUAAUUAUUCGUUUUGAGGGAAUCCCAUAGAUAGUGCAAUGGAAUCAAAUCACUAAGGGAACGUGAAGACUCUUCUUUCUGCCCUACAUUUUGGUCGGCUUCACUUCGAAGGAUAAUCAAUCAGUCGCUGCGUUCUCCAAUAAGGUCAAGCUUCUGGAUCCAGUCUCCUCUCUGUGGCAUUCUCGCUUUCCAAUUUGUAGAAUUCUGUGUUUUGAUUGAGAUUUCCGAGUGUCUUCCAUUUGAAAGCAGUGUUCUGGAGAUCAGACCGAUGAUUCUGAACAUCGCAAGGCGAAGAGCCUCUGCUGGAGGCUCGUCUUCUUCGCAGAUAUUAGGGCAAUCGUUCCGUGUUGUUCGGCCUGCGGGAAUUCCAGCUAGAAUAUGCCCUGCUUCUGGAGAUGAGAUAGUACAUCAUCCAAGAGGAUUUGGUCAUGCUCGAAACCUGUAUCACCUCAUUUUUAUGGGACGCUCAACAAGUAUGAGGCCAAUAAGGGAAGUUAUGGGAAGUCUUCAGCUAGUGCCUAGCAUGCAAAUACAAAACAGACUGUUUUCUUCUGAAAAUGGCAAUUUGGUUGAUGCUGUUGUCCCUUUCAUGGGUGAAUCUAUUAGUGAUGGAACUCUGGCAAAAUUCUUGAAGAAUCCAGGUGACAGAGUAGAGGUUGAUGAGCCAAUUGCUCAAGUUGAAACAGAUAAGGUGACAAUUGAUGUUGCAAGUCCUGAAGCAGGUUUCAUCCAGCAGUUUGUGGCCAAGGAAGGGGAUACAGUGGAACCAGGAACUAAGAUUGCUGUGAUUUCCAAAUCUGGUGAAGGUAUAGCUCAUGUUGCUCCAUCCGAGACAACAUCAGAUUCAGCUUCUUCUCGGCCACCUCCUCCUCCAGUGAAGAGUGAAGAGGAUAAGCAAAAGCCCAAAGCUGAAAGCAGUCCUGUUAUAGAGAAGCCUAAGAAAACUUCUGCUGCAGCUGCUCCUACCAAGGGAUCAGCUACAGAACCCCAGCUUCCCCCUAAAGAAAGGGAAAGGCGAGUUCCUAUGACAAGGCUCAGAAAACGAGUGGCAACGCGUCUGAAAGAUUCUCAAAACACAUUUGCAAUGUUGACAACAUUUAAUGAAGUUGAUAUGACUAAUCUGAUGAAACUCCGUUCUGAGUACAAGGAUGCCUUUGUUGAAAAGCACGGAGUCAAGCUUGGGCUUAUGUCUGGGUUUGUGAAGGCUGCUAUUAGUGGACUGCAAAACCAACCUAUUAUCAACGCUGUGAUCGAUGGGGAUGACAUCAUAUAUAGGGAUUAUAUAGAUAUUAGCAUAGCUGUUGGUACGCCAAAGGGUCUUGUUGUUCCAGUGAUCCGUAACGCUGAUAAGAUGAAUUUUGCUGAGAUAGAGAAGGAGAUCAACACACUUGCUAAGAAGGCUAAUGAUGGAACUAUAUCAAUUGAUGAAAUGGCUGGAGGCUCUUUCACAAUAUCAAAUGGUGGUGUUUAUGGAAGCCUCCUAAGUACCCCCAUUAUUAAUCCUCCUCAGUCUGCAAUCCUGGGUAUGCAUUCAAUAGUGACCCGCCCAAUGGUUGUUGGAGGUGACACAAUUCCAAGACCAAUGAUGUAUAUUGCCCUGACAUAUGAUCAUCGGCUGAUUGAUGGGAGGGAAGCAGUGUUUUUCCUCCGCCGCAUCAAAGAUGUUGUGGAGGAUCCUCGGAGGUUGCUUCUUGAUAUAUGAAGUCAUGUUUUCUAUUGGCAUUUGAUUCUGUGAUUUGCCGGUAUAGUUGGAAUUAAAUAAAUGCAAAACAGUUGAGCUUUAUAGGUUAUUGUUCAUUCGACAAUUCAGCAAGUGCGGCUGAACCAAUGUGACAUUUGAAACAAGUAAAGUUGUUGGAAUUAAAAUUCCAAGUUAAUUUUACCCCAAAAUUUCUUC